AUGGCCAAGUCCAAGAACAACACCACACACAACCAGUCCCGGAAAUGGCACAGAAACGGCAUCAAGAAACCCCGGUCACAAAGAUACGAAUCUCUCAAGGGGGUUGACCCCAAGUUCCUGAGGAACAUACGCUUUGCCAAGAAGCACAACAAGAAAGGCCUGAAGAAGAUGCAGGCAAAUAAUGCAAAGGCCAUGAGUGCAAGUGCAGAGGCCAUCAAGGUCCUGGUGAAGCCCCAGGUGCCAAAGGGUCCCACCCUCAAACUCACCCGUCAGGCUUUAAUUGCUCACCCCAAGCUUGGGGAGCAGAUUAAAAGCUACAUGGCCAGGGGUCAUAGGCUCCAAAAAACAAAGCCCAAGGUUCAAGCCAAGGCAGAGGCCUCAGCUGCAGCUCAGGCUCCCAAAGGUGCCCAAGCUCCUGUGAAGGCCCCAUAA